AUAAACUGUGGUCAACUGACAGCCGAGCUACAUAGAGAUAAAUUCUACUGCCCUGGUAUACACAGAGAAUGCAUUCGCUAUAACAACCAGUUCAUCACCCCCAAGAUGUUCAUGAUUAUGGGAGACAAGGAAAAACUUAAAGACUGGAAAAAUGCUAUUAGAAUCGGUGGCACCAAAAUCAGGAAAUUUAUCGAGAACAAACAGCUGGACUUCCACAAACAUAAAGAAUUCUGUACUGGGCGCUGU